CCCUGUUCUGUUUGUCAGUUCGGCUUAACACCGACGGGCUUGCCCUUUUCUCACUAGCAAGGGAUCCGUUCGAAUCCACUCCGGAACGCAGCGUGUUCGACCCGGUCCCCGUUUCUCUUUUUCGAAUGCCAGCCGCGUGAUUUGUCACGAGUCGUCUCAGUCCGAUUUAAAGAAAAAACAAAAACAAAUGAAAAUGAGGAAUCUAGGAAUAACAGUUAUUAGUCUCGUCUUGACGAUUAUCGUGAUCGGAAAUGCUUAUUACCAGAAAAAACAGUUUUACCCUUCUGUUGUGUACAUAACAAAAUCAAAUCCAAGCAUGGCCGUGAUUUAUAUUCAAGCGUUUAUAUUAGUGAUUCUAACCGGCAAACUUAUGAGGAGGUUGUUUUUUGGAGAGCUACGUCCUGUCGAGUUAGAGCAUCUAAUGGAAAGGUCAUGGUACGCAGUAACAGAAACAUGCCUAGCUUUUACAGUGUUUAGGGAUGAUUUCAGUCCAAAGUUUGUAGCUCUCUUUACUCUACUUCUUUUCCUAAAAUCGUUCCAUUGGUUGGCCGAUGAAAGAGUAGAUUUUAUGGAAAGAAGUCCAGUAAUUUCUUGGUUAUUUCAUGUACGGAUAAUAUCUCUUUUACUACUGCUUGGAACCCUGGACAUGGCAUUCGUACUUCAUGCCUACCAGUCGACAUUAGUAAAGGGUGCCUCGGUUCAACUAGUAUUUGGCUUUGAGUACGCCAUCCUUCUAACGAUUAUAAUGAAUAUAAUAAUAAAGUAUGCAUUCCACAUUAAUGACUUCCAUGAAUUACCAUGGGAAAAUAAAGCUGUGUUUCUUCUGUACACAGAACUUGUUAUGGGAUUCAUCAAAGUCCUACUGUACUUUGCCUUUGUGUUCAUUAUGGUUAGAAUUUAUACAUUGCCUUUGUUUGCAUUCAGGCCUAUGUAUUUUACAGUUAGAGCCUUUAAGAAAGCCAUGAAUGAUGUGAUAAUGUCACGAAGGGCAAUAAACAAUAUGAACACCCUUUACCCAGAUGCUACUGCAGAAGAGCUUGCUGCUGCAGAUAAUGUAUGCAUUAUAUGUAGAGAAGAAAUGCAUUCUGCCUCGAAAAAACUACCGUGCAACCACAUUUUCCAUACUUCUUGCUUAAGAUCGUGGUUCCAAAGGCAACAGACUUGUCCUACUUGUAGAUUAAAUAUCUUGAGAACUCCUGGAAAUCCUGCUGCUGCUGCUCCGAAUCCACCGAAUCCUCCAAGGGGUGAACACCACCACCACCACCACCACCACCAGCAACAGCAGCAGCAGCAGCAGCAACAACAACAACAGCAGCAGCAACAACAACAACAGCAGCAGCAGCCGCCGCCGCAGCAGCAGCAACAACAACAACAACCACCUCCAGGAAAUUUUCAAUGGAUGCAGAAUGCCCAACCAGCUAAUGAACCGACUCCUCGUGGAGAUGAUGAAAGGCCGAGUCAACCACCACCCAAUGUCUCUAGUCCAUCUCAACAGCAAGCACCAGGAGGGGGCGAGAACGUACCAUUUUUCCGUCCUCCACCAUUUCCAUAUAUGUUAUUUAAUAUCCCUCCUCCUAUGCCCCCUACUCAAGGCCUUAGCGAUGAAGAAUUACGCCAGUUGGAACAACGAACUAGAGAAGGGAUUGAAGCACGUCUUCGUUGUUUACAAAAUAUUCAGUGCCUCUUAGACGCAUCUGUGGUAAUGAUGCAGCAAUAUUCAGCGGCUGUCGCUGCUAGUCAGAUGUAUGACAAUAUGUACCAGGGUUCAUCUACAAGCCGUGGCACUUGCACUUCUGAUAACGUGCCAGACAAUUCUGACGCUUUCCCAUCUACCAACAAAAACAAUCUAGCAGCUGGCUUAAAUCGCGAUCUUCGCACUACUGAAAAUGAACCAAAACCAUCAGAAGAAACCUUGGCACAAUUUGCUACAGGUGAAAAUAGGGAAGCCCCAAAACAAACAAAGAGCACUGAAUUAGAAGAAUUAGAACCUGAACCUUCGCCUUCUGCUAAUAGCGUAACUACUGACAGCGGAGAGUCAGUUCGUGCUGUUAGCAAUCAACCCCCUCCUGGUGAUGAUGCUGUAAGACUGAGAAAAGUUGAAAGAUUUUCACAAAACUAGUAAAUUUGGUAGACUCCUUGAAUUUCUUUUUAUUUCAUUGCCCUUAAAUAUACUUCUUUCUUUAUAACCAAAAUGCUGUGUUGCAAUCAAUAAUGUAUCAAUCUUUUAUUUUGUUAUGUGAUUACCUAAAGAUUUUAUAUUGUUUUGAAUUAAGUGAUUAAGUAAAGUUCGUUUGUAAAUACUUGUGUUUUCGUUAUAUUCUAUUUUUAUGAUAAUGUGAAAUUUGUAAGCCAAUAUUAUAAUUAAAAAAAAAAAAAAAUGUAAACGAUUGGCAGGCAUGUUUCACUGUUGAUGCGAAUGAAAUUUGUUUAAUUGAUAAUAAGGUUUAUUUAUUUCAGUCACUUAAAGUUAAGAUUGUAAUAUUUUUGUAAAUAUUUCAAUUUAAGACCUCCCAUGUAACAUUGGGAAACGCGCAAUUUAUUAUAUUUCUAUUGCUGAAACAAAUUACUACUGUUUAUAAUUUACCUCUUUUGAGCUCGUUAAUAAUAAAAAAAUUGGACUGAAUAUUAAAAGAAAUUGUUGAUAUAUUUAAAAUUAAUUACAAGUACACACGAGAAAAAAAACAAUAAGUCAAGUCAGACAGAAAUACAAACAAAAUACACAAACAUGCCCAUAUUCUCCCUUCAGCUAAUCGAAAGAAAAUUGUCUGUCCUUUAAGGAUUAUGACUGGUGUACAUAAAAGUAAUUUAUUUGUUUAUGUUUUAAACAUGAAUGAUAGUAAUACAGGUAACCACUGUAUGAUUGUCAUAUUCCUAUAAAAAAUUUAAAAAAAAAUGCCGUGCUAUGUGAUCUGUGGUGUUCAAAACAAAGACCUCAUAAAAAAUUCCAAAAAUAAACAUAUUUUUAUAAUAAAAGAGAUAUAUUGUAAUAAAAGAAUUUUUCAUAUAUAUAUUGAUAUGUAUUGAAUGUUCUUAUUUGUCAUCACUAAGCACCAUUAAACAAAGGGAAUAUAAUUUUCCCCAAGAUAUCCAUGUUUAACUUUCUUCUGCAAUAUUAUGCAAAACUUUCUUUUUAAAAUGUGGAAAUUCUCCGGGCAAAUUUGAUACGACAUAUGACUCUAAAAUUGGAAAGUAUCAAAAAUAAAACUUGAUGUGCUUCCAUUUGUGGUGAUGUCCAAUCACAAAGCGUUGAAACGUUUAUCCGGAGAUGUUCCUUAAAUCGCCGUGUCCCAGAAUAUCGUAUUAUACAGUGGUUACCCGUAUUACUCAAGUUCACACAGACUUAUUUUUUAGUUUCUACUUAAUUCUUUUUUAACUUGAAGCAUAACCUUUCCAGGCUUUGCUGCAGUAAUAAUUGUUUUUUUCUUUCUAAAAUAUGUAUACAUUGUAUAUAUGCUUGUUUUUAUUCUGGGAAUAUGUUGUUACAUGUUUGGAAUGUGAUUUAUUUCUUUUAUAAUACCAGCAUGUGUAAGAUUAUUUAAUUUAUACACCUUUGUUAUAAGGGAACGUGUGCAAACUUCUCAGAUCGGAUCUUGCUCAGGUUAAAAAAUGAAAUUAUUCUCAAUGGUGCUAUUUAAUUAAUGUGAAAUACUAGAGUUUGGGUUUUAAAUGUUGAUCCAAAUUCUAUGUUGGCAAUUUUUAAAUAUUUAUUUAUUGUAGAGGCCAGGGUGUUAUAGUCACGUCAUCCAUCAAAUUUCAAAACCUUGUAUUUGAGAAGACCUUCAACACUCAAAGGUUUCUAUUUUGUUUGCUUAUUUUGUAGCCUUAUAAUUUGUGGUAUAUUUUAAUUUUAAUUUGUUAAAAAAAAAUUGUUCUGCUGAAAAACCAUACUUGACCCAGUCAAACAGGAGGUGCACUUGGAGAAUGCAUAAAAACAUUUAAAUAUUUAAAGGAUGUAUAUUGAUUAAGAAAAGAAUACAGAUUUGAAAGUGAAA